GCCAUGGGCCCAGUGAGGGGCAGAACAGGCAGCUGCCUGCAGAGGGUGAUGGGGUUGGGGAAAAGGCUCGUCCCUGCCUGAGCCAAACUAGACCGGGGGUCUCCCGACUCCCAACCUUGUGAUCUUUCCACUCUACUAGUCUUUCAUGCCCUAUCAGUCAUUUCUACCUUAGUAAGAAUGAAUUUAUCAGCUCUUCUGAGAGGAGGAAGGGAGAGAGCAUGAGUUGCUCUAGGCAGCUGAGUUUCCAGGGGAGAGGGCCCUGCAGAGGAGCACUGACCACGAGAUGAGGACGCACAGGGCCCUGCCCACCACCAUCCAGAGGCACUGGGGCCCCUCUUGGUGCCUCCCUCCAGGGACCGGGCUGGAAGGCACAGUAGUGAAGGGAUGGGACAGAGCAGCCAGACUGGCUGAGUUUUGACUCCAGCUCUGUCACUUACAAGUUGUGUGACCCUGGGCAGGUCUCUCAGGACCCGGUUUCAUCUGCAAAAUGGGAAGAAUAAUAAUACUCACCCCGGGGCUGUUGUGAGGACUGAAGGAGGUGAUGAGCACGGGGCUAGCACUGCACUUGGGCCUCAGCGAGGGCUCAGCAGUCACCGCAGCCAUCAGGCCCUCGGUCUCACAGCCGUGCUGGGGCUUCUCGCCCCUCUUCCACUUGCCUUGUUGGACCCAGGUCUCCUGACCCCAGGCAGCUCCUCAUUGGGUCUGCCCUUCCCCCUUCCUCUCUUGAAGGCCUGUCUUCAGGGCUCCUGACCCCAUGUCCAAGGUGGGUCUUUAAAGGGCUAGUGUCCCAACCUGGCCCUGCAGGGGCUUAGCUUGGAGGGGGUAAGAGGCAGUGGUGCAUGGUGACCUGCACAGGUGCAGGCUGCAGACAGGCAGAUUGAGGGCUCAGUGAGGUGCCUGGCCCUCUGGCCCUUGGCCAUCCUCUGCCUCUCUGGCACCAGGGAGCACAAUCUUGGACCAGCUGGCCGGGGCAUUGCCAGAGGUGGCAGUUCCUGGAGCUGCCCCCUGGUGCCCUGUGACAAGGGACAGACUCUGGGGAGCCUGUAAUUGGCCAAGCCGCCCCUUCUCCCAGCUUUGUUUGUAUAGGAUGGCAAAAAUUGUCUGGACUGCUGGCUGGGUCUGGUCCAAACCUCCUGCCGAAUUCCUUUUCUGUGGAGUCACUGUGGGUUGGGGUGGGGGCUGUGGGAGCUCUCCUCGGAGGGCAGGGCUCACUCACCUCCUGGCCUUUUCUGCUGUUGCUCUUGUCUCAGAACAGUAGCUUAGGGAUGGUUCCGAGCUCAGAGAGGUGUUGGCGGAGGGUCAGCAGCACAGCGCAGGCUGUGACUGGAGCCCAGCUGGAGCCAGCAGACCUGGGUCCUCGGCCCACGUCCUUCUCUGUGACCUCUUCCCUGACUGGUCUCCCAGUCCCACUUAUCUCAGAGGGCCUUCCACACUCUGAUAGUUGAGGAUUUUCUAAAGCCAUUGCCUUUUUUAGUCAGCCUGGGAAUGGGGCUGAAACAGAAAGGUGAGGAGGAAAGCAGAAAAAUGCAGGGACAUGGAGAGGUCUCGGUCAUUCAAACACCGAAGCGCUUUCUAUGAGCCUCCCAGUGUGGGAGCCAGCCCGCCAGGAGCCUGGGACUCUGCACUCACGUAGAGCCAGGGGUGAACCCAGCUCUACUCCGCUCUGGCUCUGUGACCUCGGGCUGCUCACUUGACCUCUCUGAGCCUUGGUUUUCUCAUGCAUAAAAUGUGCAUAAUAAUGCACUGUGCUUUGUAGGGUUGUUAGGGGAAUUAAGUAAUAUUUGCAAAGUGCAGGUAUACAGUAAGUGCACAGUCAGCGUUAGCUACUAUGGCUGCAACUGUAUCACAAGAAACACUGGCAGGACUAGAGAUGGUUAUCCUGCCAGUGUCCUGCGGGGAUACAAUUUGUAUCUGCAAAUCUCUGCAGGACUGGCAGGCUGGAAAGAGACCGCUUUUUAUCUGUGCAGCCCCGGGGCGCAGAGCCACAUCAAGAAGUGGAUGAAAGUUAGUAGGGGGAGCAACUUCAUAGCUGAGGAAUGUUAAUUAGUGGACGACACCUCCUGGGGUAGCGAGCUCAUGUCACUGGAGCAUGUAAGCAGAGGCUUGCACACUCAGGGAUUUGGUUUUGGGGACACAAGAUUGUGUGGGGAUUGGACUCAUUGGCAGCUACCUGUGAGAUUCUGAGGUUCUGUGUUUUGGGGCAAUAAGCUCUGCCCCCUCCGUAACUCUGGGACCCCUGCUGCUUGGCCUUCAGGACCCUGACCUACGGAGUGCAUCUCCUUUGCUGGAAGACCUGAGUCCCUGCAGGGAGUAGAGUGGGACAACCAGCUUAUUCCAGGGGAACAUGGGCCGUCUGCCUGUCUACCUGGGCUUGGUGGCAAUAAGCCGCUGGCGUUCGUGACUUCAUUGUGGCCUCCCAAACCUAAUGUCAACUGCUUUACCCCCUUGUCAGUUAAGGAGGCUGUGGCUCUGAAAGGUACAGGAGCUUGCCAGGGUCACACAGGUGGCUAAUGGCAGAGACUGGCUUCAGGCCAGCAGGCCUGGUUUCUAAGCAGAGCAGAGGAGCUGGACCUUGCACGGGCUGAGCAAGCCCUUAGGGCCCUCCGUGUGGCUGGCCAUCUCCUGGUUCAGCCCCCCACAAGGGAACAGCCUGGGUAGAUCUUUUACAGAGGGGGUGAUUCAGGCGGGAGAGGCCUUACCAGGUGCAGCAGGUGUCACGGUGGGUAGGGCAGGCUGUGUGCUUAGACUGUUUCUAACAGGUGGGGGGAAAGCCAGCCCUGAUGGCAGGUUGGAAAAAGGAGGGUGGUGCCAGAAAGCCUGUGGCUGCUUGGCCUGGUCCCAGUGAAGCUGCCGUCUGCAGCUCCUCUGCUCUGGGUGGGCCUCCCUGCUGGCUCCAGUGAGGGGGUCAGCAGGCUCCAGCCCAGGCUACUCUCUGGACCUCAGUUUUCCCAUCUAUAAAAUGGGGUGGUGGUGAAAUAGCACCUCUAUAAAGGCUCUUCCAGCUCUGGGAGUCUAUGAAUUCCGAGCCUCACGACUGGCAGGAUGCCUAGAAAGACUGUCCCCGGAGGCCUCCUCCACAUGUCACGGCCAGUGCUAAUGAGGGCAAGGUGGGAGGAGGGCAGGGUCAGAUUCCUCAAGAACUAAUUAGCUUCCCACAGGAGGGAGGAGAAGGGGGAGCCAGGAGGAAUGUUCUCAGCCACUGACUGAGCUCCUGACCCUGGCCACAAGCUGGUCCAUCCAUCUGUCUGUCGGUUCCUUUGUUCAUUUAUUAUUCAACAAGUAUAAACUGAGCACCAACUGUGUGCCAGCCAGGCACUGGGGCCAGAAAGAGAAAUGGUUGCCUACAGUGAACUUACAGAUUAACAGGGGACUGACCCCAGCCUGAUCCCCAAGCCCCUGCUGAUUCUGUCCUCCCAUAUGGCCAAAAGGGACCUUUUGGGAUGAGCAGACAGCUUGAGCAUGGGCUGUGGACCCCGAGGGAACUUAUUCUGACUCUGGCUUUGCCAUCUGUAGCUGUGUGACCUUGGGUCAGUUACUUAUAGGUCUCUGAACCUCAGUUUCCUCUUCUGCAAAACAUGAGCAAAUAAUGCUUGUCUCAGAGAGUCCUUGUGAGGAUAAGGUGAGAGAAUGCAAUGUUCUAGUGUAGUCACUUCUGAAAUUAGCCCAAUUUAUUACUUUUCUAGUGCUAAAAUAUGUGAAUUUUUAAAUAAAGAUGGGAAGAAAUUCUGGAAGGCUAUAGAAGAAACUAACAACAGGGGUUACCUGAUUGUGGGGUGGAGCAGUCAGGAACGGAGGGAUACUUUUCACUGCAUACCUUUUUAUGUUUUUAUAUUUAGACCAUGUGAACGUAUUACCUGUUCUAAAAAGAGAAAGUGUCAGUGGCAUCUUUUUAUAAAAUCAAAGCAAACUACUGUAAGUUUGAAAGUAUAAAGGGCCCUGAGAAAGGCACAUAGGAAAUGCUAUGGGGGUUCAUUCGUGCAUUUGGUCAUGUCUGCCGAGGGCCCACGGUAGGCCAGGCACUGGGCUGGGGGCCGAGAUCAGAGUGGUAAACAAGUCAAGCAAGGUCAUUGCCCUCUUAGAGCUAUGCUCUAGGUGAGGAGACAGAUGAUAAACAAGGAAAUAUAAAGACCAUUUCAACACGGUGGCGUAUGCUAUGAAGAAAAUAAAACAAGGAGAUGGGAUAGGAGAAGGGAAGGCCCCUCCAGAGAGGUGACAUUCCAGCUGAGACCUGAGCAGCUAGAAGGAGCCAACAUGGAAUGCCACCUGGAAAAGAUUAUUCCAAGCACAGGAAACAGCAAGUACAAAGGCCCUGGGGCAGGAACAUACUUGGCAUGCUCAAGGAACAGAAAGACAGCCGAUGUGGCAGAGCCUAGUGAGAGAGGAGAAGGGUGGUGGAGGCGCUGGGCCGGAGCACUAGCCUCACCGAGAAGGACCUGAAGGAGGCCAAGGCGCGGAGCCAGCAGAUCGCGGCCCAGCUGACCACCCCUCCCAGCUCCAAUUCCCGCGGCGUCCAGCUCUUCAACAGGCGCCGGCAGAGGGUGAACGAGUUCACCUUGGAGAGCCACGGCCAGAGGGGACCGAAGCCCAGCCAGGAGUCCCUCAGAGUGCUCCCUGCAAGCCCCCCAGGCCAUGCCCCAGGGCUCAGCCUGAGUCCCACCUCACCGCCUGAGCCAGGCGCUCCGAGGCACCCCAAUCCCCAGAGCCCCGGCAGAGGGGUCCCUGGCCACAGCAUGGAGGGCUACUCAGAGGAGGCCAGCUUGCUGCGGCACCUGGAGAGGGUGGCCAGCGAGGAGGAGGAGGUGCCACUGGUGGUUUAUCUGAAGGAGAACGCAGCCCUGCUGACGGCCAAUGGGCUCCACCUGUCCCAGAACCGGGAGGCCCAGCAGUCCCCGCCGACCCCACCUGCAGCCGAGGUCCACAGUCCAGCCGCAGAUGUCAACCAAAACCUCUCCUCGCCCAGUGCCACCCUCACCACACCAGCUUCUAACAGCAGCCACAACCUGCCGGCCACCGACGUCAAUCAGAACCCCCCGGCAACUGUCGCCCCGCAGAGCCUGCCUCUUGCUAGCGCCCAACAGAAUUCCCCAGAGGCCCGCCUCCCGGCGAACGGCUCGGUGCCAGAUGCCAAACCCAGCACGCUGUGUGCCGACGGGCAAGCCCAGGGGCCAGGAGCGGAGGUGAGAUCCAGCAGCCUCCUCAUCGACAAGGUGUCAGCUCCACCUCCCGCCACCAGCACCUUCUCCAGGGAAGCCACGCUUAUUCCUGGCGCUGGGGCCCCAGCCCCGGAUUUCAUGUCCAGCUCCCUACUCAUCGACGUCCAGCCCCACGGCCUCAUGGUGUCAGCAGAACAGGAGCUGUCUGGGCGGACAACUGCCACCACGCCCACCAAGGUGUACAGUGAGGUCCACUUCACCCUGGCCAAGCCCCCCUCCGUGGUCAACAGGACGGCCAGGCCUUUCGGGGUCCAGGCGCCAGGGGGCACCAGCCAGAUGGAGCGCAGCCCCAUGAUAGAGAGACGACAUUUUGGGGAGAAGGCCUCGGCUCCUCAGCCCCCCAGCGUGGCAGACAGGAGCCCCCGGCCACAGAGACACAUGAUGUCCCACAGCCCCAUGGUGGAAAGGAGGCUGGUGGGGCAGCGCAGCCCAGCCUCCGAGAGACGCCCUGUGGGGAGCUUCGCCCCGCCCCCCACCUACGCUGAGACUUUGUCCACAGCCCCUCCGGCUUCCCGGGUCCGGUCUCCCCCGUCUUAUUCUGCCCUGUACCCCAGCUCUGACCCCAAGCCUUCUCAUCUGAAGGGCCAGGCGGCCCCUGCCAGCAAGACGGGCAUUCUGGAGGAGUCGAUGGCCCGCCGGGGCAGCCGGAAAGCCAUGUUCACCUUCGUGGAGAAGCCCAAGGUGACCCCCAACCCAGACCUGCUGGAUCUGGUGCAGACGGCCGACGAGAAGCGGAGGCAGAGAGACCAGGGGGAGGUGGGCGUGGAGGAAGAGCCCUUCGCGCUGGGGGCUGAGGCCUCCAACUUCCAGCAGGAGCCAGCACCCCGGGACAGGGCCAGCCCCGCAGCAGCUGAGGAGGCCGUCCCGGAGUGGGCUUCGUGCCUGAAGUCGCCCCGAAUCCAGGCCAAGCCAAAGCCCAAACCCAACCAGAACCUCUCCGAGGCCUCCGGGAAGGGGGCUGAGCUCUACGCCCGCCGCCAGUCGCGGAUGGAGAAAUACGUCAUCGAGUCUUCAGGCCCCACGGAGCUGGCCCGCUGCCCUUCGCCCACCAUGUCCCUGCCUUCAUCCUGGAAAUACUCCACGAACGCCCCCGGGGCCUUCCGAGUGGCCUCCCGAAGCCCAGCUCGGACCCCGCCUGCCUCCCUCUACCACGGGUACCUGCCCGAGAACGGGGUCCUGCGCCCGGAGCCCACCAAGCAGCAGCCGCCGUACCAGCUGCGGCCCUCGCUCUUUGUGCUCUCGCCCAUCAAGGAGCCUGCCAAGGCCUCGCCCAGGGCCACCUCGCCCAGGGCCGCCUCGCCCAGGGCCGCCUCGCCUGCCAAGCCCAGCUCCCUGGACCUGGCGCCCAGCCUGCCCAAGGCGGGCCUCCCUCCCUCGCCUGCCCUGCCUCGGCCCUCCCGCUCCUCCCUGGGCCUCUGCACCUCGCCCGGCCAGGACGGCCUCCAGCCCACUGCCGUGAGCCCUCCCUACAGCGGCGACAUCUCCCCCGUGUCUCCCUCCAGGGCGUGGCCUCCCCGAGCCAAGCAGGCACCCAGGCCCUCCUUCUCUACCCGGAACGCCGGGAUCGAGGCUCAGGACCGCCGGGAGAGCGGGCCCACCUCCCCGCCCUGGACGCCGGGCGCGUCCCGGCCGCCCAGCAGCCUCGACGGCUGGGUGAGCCCGGGGCCGUGGGAGCCGGGCCGCGCGAGCAGCAUGAGCAGCCCCCCGCCGCUGCCGCCGCCGCCGCCCAUGUCCCCGUCGUGGAGCGAGCGCUCCGUGUCCCCGCUGCGACCCGAGACCGAGGCGCGGCCCCCCAGCCGCCAGCUGCAGGCGCUCCUGGCGCGCAACAUCAUCAACGCGGCCCGGCGCAAGAGCGCCUCCCCGCGGCCGGCGGGCGCCGAGAGCCUGCGGCCCUUCUCCCCGCCGACCGCGCCGCCGCCGCCGCCGCCGCCGCCGCGCAUGCGCUCGCCGCAGCCCGCGCGCCCGGGCCCGGCCUCGGCGCCGGGGGCAGCUUUCGCCCCGAUCCCGCGGAGCCCGCUGCCCGCUGGGCCUUCGCCCUGCGCCGGUCCCCAGAGCCCGCUGCCCGUGCCGCCCAGGCCCUUCCUGUACCGCCGCUCGCCCACGGACUCCGACGUCUCCCUCGACUCCGAGGACUCCGGGGCCAAGUCGCCGGGCAUCCUCGGCUAUAACAUCUGCCCCCGCGGCUGGAACGGCAGCCUGCGGCUCAAGCGUGGCAGCCUCCCCGCCGAGGCCUCCUGCACCACCUAAAGCCCCACCCCCACCCCAACCCCUGGAAGGCCGAGCCCGAAGAAGAAGAAGAAGGGUCAUCAGGCUUGGGGAACCCAAGGGGUCUGGCCUCCUUGGACAGCCCCAGAGAUAAGGGAUCGGGGGAGGAGAGCACCGGGCUUGGGGGUGGGUGAGGGACGCAAGCUUGGGUGCUAGCCCUUGCUCUACCUUUCGGUUGAUGUGUGACCUGGGGCAAGACUCUUCCUCAGCCUUCCCAUCUGUUUAAUGUGGCUUCUGCCAAGGCAAUCUCCAAACGUCUGAAUUCCACCCUCCUCCCCCAUCGAUACAUGCACGCACACACACAAACGCGUGCCUUGGAAGAGCUAGGGUGCUGUGUAUAUGGGCCCCUAGACUUGUCACAUCCACGGUUCCAUACCCCUCCCUCCCCUCCUGGCUCUGCAAGUGAGAUGUGUUCAGAACAUCCUAGGCCUGUGUCCACGGCCAGGCCCUGGCUUGACCAUCCGGCUCCCUGGCACCAAGUCCCAGGCAGGAGCAGCUGUUUUCCAUCUCUUCCUAGAGAAGCUCUAUUUUUACCACGGUGACCUUUAGUGAGGUCUCCCAGGCCAGCUCAAGGUGCCCCGCUGGCCCUCUGAAGAGAAGAGGCAGGAAGAUGUUCCCCUGGCCUUUGUCAUGCUAUCUUCUCCAACCCAGCCCAGGCCAACCUCGGGAUCUUAUCUGCAUCAGGGAAGACAGCUAUAAGAUAAUGAUUUCCCCCAGGCCCAGGACUUGGGCCUCCAGCCCCUCUGUCCCUUUUGGGCCCAUUCAUGGCAGGUUCUGGGCUCAAAGCUGAGCUGGAGAGAGAAGAAGAGAGAUGCAGCUCUGAUUGUCCUCACUUUGUGGCUGCCUAUUUGACAGAGGGAAGCAAAGAGUUCCUUGUUAUGGGAAGUAUACAAGCUGUGGCCAGGAUGCCUAGAGGAGGUUCUAGCAGGGAUGGGGCAGGCUCAGAGGACCUCUGAGUCCUGAAUUGCAUUCCAUCGUGUUAGGAAGUGGGGGGAGGUGGUGGAAGAAGAUUGGCGGGACAUGAAUUCUGGGGCAGUUGGGCUUGGGUGGUUGGGUGAGGGGUUAGGCCAGGGUCUGCCUGUGUUUCUGGCCUCCUAGGACGUACCCUCUCUUCAGUUUCAGGUCCCAGCCCCGGUGUCCAUAUCAUGCCCAGAAGAGUGCACACUGUCCCUCCCCAUUUCUUUCCCACUGCACUCUGGCCUAGCUAGUGCCUGCUGCCCAGUGACCUUGGGGAGCCUGGCUGCAAGCCCUCGCCUGUCCCUUAAACUUUGGUGGCUCUGAUUCCAUUCCCCAGGAGGGACACAGAGAGGAAUGUGUCUGAGUUCUGUAGUUUCCGAAGGUAGCUGGUAGUGCCUUCUAGAGGUUCAGAAUAUCAGCUUCAGGACACUCUAGGGAGCUGGAAUUGGUCGAGGAUCAAAGGUACGUAGGUGAAAGGAUACCAGGAUGUUCUAAAGGUGAGGGACAGAGUGUGACUUGGGGACUUACCCAACCAUCAGGGUGAUGUUCGAUCUGGAACCCCCAGGUGAGGCUGGGGAAAGUUAGGGUCAGGAUGAAAGGUAGUCAGGUCUGGGUGGGGUGUUUUGGAAUAGUGGUGUGAUCCCAGAAGGUUCCUAGGGUCUAAGGAAUGGGGACAUGGCUCAUGUUGGUGGGAAGAUGAGAGGGUGCUCCUGCUCAGUUAAUGAUGAGUGACCACAUUUCCCGAAGCCCCCGCAUACUGCAGGGUCCCUUAUAGCACAGGAGAUGGGGACUAAGGGCUCCCCAGCAGAGAAGAGCCCCAUGAGGCCUCUCUGGCUGCUGCAGUGGCAUAGAGGAUCCGCUUCUACCUGCAUGUCCCCAAGGGCCAGCAGGGGGCAGCCUUGCAAAGUUGCAGCUCCUAAACCAGUCUCAGCUGUUCUCUUAUUGUCGCUGCCCUCUCCCACUCCUCUCCUUUGACCCACUAGAGCUUGCCUGUGUCCUGCGUCUUGCCUCCUGUAGAAUUCAGCCCUGGCCCUCAAUAAAUGCUUCCUGCACUCUUGUG